GCGAGGGCCUGCCUCCGUUGGCGCGACCGUGUGACGGAGUGUUCCUCAGGAUCGGUGCUACGGUGGCCGGCUGGGCCCUGGGCGCAUGCGUGUUGCGGGGCCGCUAGCCCGCCGUCGUCGCUGCCGGAGCCGGGCUGGGGCCGCACCGGGGCCCAACCGGGCUCCUCCUCCGGCUGCCAUGGGCGGCAGGAUUGAGUGCGUCUUCUUCAGCGAGUUCCACCCCACGCUGGGGCCCAAGAUCACCUACCAGGUCCCGGAGGACUUCAUCUCUCGGGAGCUCUUUGACACCAUCCAGGUGUAUGUCAUCACGAAGCCCGAGCUGCAGAACAAGCUGAUCACCGUUACGGCCAUGGAGAAGAAGCUGAUCGGCUGCCCUGUCUGUAUCGAGCACAAGAAGUACAGCCGAAACGCUCUGCUCUUCAACCUGGGUUUCGUGUGCGAUGCCAGAGCCAAGGCCUGUGCGCUGGAGCCCAUAGUGAAGAAGCUGGCCGGUUACCUCACCACCCUCGAGUUGGAAAGCGGCUUCAUCUCCAAUGAGGAGAGUAAACAGAAGCUGGUUCCCAUCAUGACCAUCCUGCUGGAGGAGCUGAACGCCAAAGGAAAGUGCACCCUGCCCAUAGAUGAGUCAAACACCAUCCACCUGAAGGUGAUUGAGCAGCGCCCGGACCCCCCCAUCGUGCAGGAGUACGAUGUCCCUGUCUUCACCCAAGACAAGGAUGACUUCUUCAACUCCCAGUGGGAUCUCACCACGCAGCAGAUCCUGCCCUACAUCGAUGGCUUUCGGCACGUCCAGAAGAUUUCCGCAGAAGCCGACGUGGAGCUGAACUUGGUGCGCAUUGCCGUGCAAAACCUGCUAUACUACGGGGUCGUCACGCUCGUCUCCAUACUCCAGUACUCCAAUGUCUACUGCACCACACCAAAGGUUCAGGACCUGGUGGAUGACAAGUGUCUCCAGGAAGAGUGUCUGUCCUACGUCACCAAACAAGGACACAAGCGAGCCAGCCUCAGGGACGUCUUCCAGCUGUACUGCGGGCUGAGCCCCGGCACGACAGUGCGAGACCUCAUCUCCCGCUACACUCUGCAGCUCCAGAGGGUGGACGAGAGAAGGCUCAUCCAGUUUGGCUUGAUGAAGGGCCUUAUCCGGCGGCUCCAGAAAUACCCUGUUAAGGUCACACGGGAUGAGCGGAGCCACCCAGCCCGGCUGUACACGGGCUGCCACAGCUACGAUGAGAUCUGCUGUAAGACGGGCAUGAGUUACAAGGAGCUAGAUGAGCGCCUGGAGAACGACCCCAACAUCAUCGUGUGCUGGAAAUGACGGCGGGGAUGGCAACCGAGCCAGCCCGGGUCCCCCCCACGCGUCGUCCCUCCCCCGUGUGUCCCCCCCACGCGUCCCCCCGCCGUCGCUCCUCCGAGCCGCUAGGGGGUGGCAAAGGCUCCUCUGCGCCUCUAGCGGCCCGCAGAAGCUCCUCCGGUCCGCCAGGGGGCGGCAGAGGCGCCGCAAGCACCACCACCACCCCCCUCGUUGCCAUAGCGACGCGCCGCCGCCAUGGCCGCCACGGGACCGGCGCCGCUGCUGCCUGCCGAGGCCGAAGCGCUGGUGCGGGCGCUGCAGGGCACCGAGCUGCGAGACACCGGCGGGCAGGGGUGCGGGGGGACGCCUUCGUUGGGGACGGAGUCUGGAGGGGGAGGGCCGCGGUUCUGGGGAGUCCCUGGAGGGUGUGAGGUGGGAGAGGAGGAGGGGACCAGGUUUCUGGGCCUCCUCAGAGGCUCUGGGUGGGGGUAAGGAGGAGGAUCCCAGAUUGUGGGGGGGGGGCAACCACAGAAAGUCUAGGGGAGAGAGAAGGGACCCUGGGUUUGGGGUGUCCCCAGAGGGUCUGGGUGGGGAUAAGGAGGAGUUUCCAGAAGAUCUAGGGUAGAGGGGAGAGGCCCCAGCUCUGAGGUGACCUCAGAAGGCCAAGGUGGGGUAGGGAAGACAGGAGGAUCCCCAAUUCUGGAGCCUUCCUAGAAGGGCUGGGAGAGAGAGGAAGGUCUGUAAAAGGGCAAGGAGGCGUCCGGACCUGGGAUGUCCCCAGAGGGUCUGUGCAGGUAGGGGCAAUGGAGAAGAGGACCCUCAGUUUUGGAGUGUCCCCAGUGGGGUGUCUCAUGGUGGGUGUUGCUGGGGGCAGGCAGGAGGGCAGUGGGGUUGGAGCUGCUGCUCCAGGGAGCACAGGUUCAGGGGACAGCAUGGGGUUUGGGGGUGCCUGACAGGCUUGGGGCAUUUCCUGGGGAUGGGGGUGCCAGGAGCAGUUUCCCUGAAUGAAGGACCCUCCAGGAGCGCACCGGAGCCCCAAAGCCAGUGUCCAGAGGUCUCUGGCUCUGAUGUUCUUGCUGGCUGCCCCACAGAUGGCUUCGGCAGCACGAGUGCGUGGAGAAGCUCAAUAUGCACGCCAUCCUGAGCGCUUCCACGGGCCAGGAGCAGCUCCUCACUGAGCUGCUGGUCACCUACGCCAAGGUGAGCCUCCUUAGGUGCAGUAGUGAUCCCUGUGUCAGGCCUUCAGCCGUGAGCUGGGGUGGUCUUCUGGACAAUGUGCAAUUUUGUAAUAAAAUGGUGAAGAAUCUGCUGUAUCUUCAGUGAAAAUGUUUGACUGGUUGUUUGCCAGUGUUCUUUUUUAAAAAAAUUAAAGGUCAAGCUGUGGUAUUUCUA